UCUCCGGUUUGGGAAGACGAGGACUCGGCAGGACGAUGACCCGGCGGAAGCUCGGCUGGGUGCCCGGCUCCUCGGGCGGCGGCGUCGUGAACCUCGGCUUCGAUGUGGGCGAUGGGGCCGUCUCGGGACUCAGCUACAGAACGUACACCCCCGAGGACGGCCCCGGGAGCCCGCACGCCCGGGAGCCGGAGCUGGAGCCGGAGCCGGAGCCGCCGGGGAGCGCGGCCGCCCCGCCCCCGGGGAAGUGGGACGCCUGGAGGAUGCUGCUGCCCUUCCGCCCCAGGCCCAAGCGUCCGUCCCCCCAGCCGCUGGACGACGCCGGCCUGUUCUCCUACCUGACGGCGUCCUGGCUCAGCCCACUCCUCCUGGGCCGAGGCGGCCGGCAGCGCCUGGACCAGAGCACCGUCCCCCCGCUGUCCGCGCAGGACGCCUCCGACCGGAACGCCCGCAGGCUCCGCCGGCUGUGGGAGGAGGAAGUGUCCAGGCGGGGGCUGGCCAAGGCGUCCGUGCUCCGCGUGAUCCUGCGGUUCCAGAGGACCAGGGCCCUGGUGGACGCGUUCCUGGGCGCCUCCUUCGCCCUCAUGAGCGUGCUGGGGCCGGUGCUGAUCAUCCCCCGGAUCCUGGAGCACUCCCAGGAGCGGCGGGGCAGCCUGGCCCAGGGCGUGGGGCUGAGCCUCGCCCUCUUCCUGAGCGAGUGCCUCAAGUCCCUGAGCCUGUGCGCCUGCUGGAUCGUCAACCAGCGCUCCGGCGUCCGCUGCCGCGCCGCCGUCUCCGCCCUGGCCUUCCAGAAGCUGCUGCAGUUCAAGUCCCUGACGCACAUCUCCUCGGGCGAGGCCAUCAGCUUCUUCACCAGCGACGUCAACUACCUGUUCGAAGGCGUGUACUACGCCCCCCUCAUCUUCCUGAGCAGCUUCUUGCUGCUGUUCUGCACCAUCAGCUCCUACCUCACGCUCGGACCCACCGCGCUCAUCUCCACGGCCUCCUACCUCCUGGUCUUGCUGCUGAUGGCACUGCUGACGCUCCUGAUUGUGAAGAAACAGAAGCACACCGCGGAGGUCAGCGACCAGCGCAUCCGGGUGACCAGCGAGGUCCUCACCUGCAUGAGGCUGAUUAAAAUGUACACGUGGGAGAAGCCGUUCACAAACAUAAUCAAAGGCCUGAGGAGGAAGGAGAGGAAGCUGAUGGAGAAGAGCGGGUUUAUCCAGAGCCUGAACACCAUCCUGCUGUUUGUGGCCCCCAUCCUGUCCACACUGGUGAUGUUCCUCACCCACGUGGGCCUGCAGCUGGAGCUCAGGGCGUCCACGGCCUUCACGGUCCUGGCCAUCUGGAACUCCAUGCGGCUGGUGGUGUUCUUCCUGCCCUUCUCGGUCAGAGGCCUCAGGGAGUCCCAGUCUGCGGCCGAGAGGUUCAAGCGGUUCUUCCUGCAGGAGAGCCCCGUGCUGUACGUCCAGGCGGGGACCGACCCCAGCAAGGCGCUGGUGCUGGAGAAGGCCACGCUGUCCUGGCAGAGGGCCCGCCCCGAGCUGGCCAACAGGGCCGCGGAGCCAGACAGCAACGGACACGCUCCCGAGGGGACGCCCCCGCCAGGUGGCCUGGGGCCCGCAGGCACGGGGGACAGCCUGGCCCCUGCGUUGCACAGGAUCCACCUGGCGGUGGCAAAGGGGACCCUGCUGGGCGUCUGCGGCAGCACCGGGAGCGGCAAGAGCAGCCUGCUGUCGGCCUUCCUGGGGGAGAUGCACCUGCUGGAGGGCGCGGUGGGCGUGCGGGGCAGCCUGGCCUACGUGCCCCAGCAGGCCUGGCUCGUCUCGGGCAGCGUCCGGGACAACAUCCUCAUGGGGAGCCAGUGGGACCAGGCGCGGUACCGCCAGGCGCUCCACUGCUGCUGCCUGGCCCGAGACCUGGAGAUCCUGCCCUUCGGGGACAGCACGGAGAUCGGGGAGCGGGGCCUCAACCUCUCGGGGGGGCAGCGGCAGAGGAUCAGCCUGGCCCGCGCCGUCUACUCGGACCGCGAGACCUACCUGCUGGACGACCCGCUGUCCCGCCGUGGACGCCACGUGGGGCGCCACAUCUUCGAGGAGUGCAUCCGGAAGGCGCUGCGGUGGCUGCAGUUCUGCGACCAGGUGCUGCUGCUGGCGGACGGGAAGAUCUGCGAGCAGGGGGCGCACCGGGAGCUGAUGCAGAGGGGGGGGCGGUACGCCCGCCUCCUCCAGACCAUGCACGGGGAGGCCGCACAGGACACGCUGCAGGCGGCCCCAGAGCCUCCGGGCGGCCCGGCCCAGCACCCCCUCCCGGGGGAGCCCCCUGAGGACAGCGCAGCCGCCCCGACCCACCCUCAGGGCGCCAGGCCCUCGGGGCUGAAUGGCUGGGGAAGGACCCCUUUCCGGGCUCCGGGGGCAGGGUCUCCCCUCCUCCCCCUCACCCCCCCAGGGCUGCAGAACCAGCUCACCCAGCAGGAGAAGAUGGAGCAGGGGUCCCCCUCAUGGCGUGUCUACCACCACUACAUCCAGGCGGCUGGAGGGUAUGCGGUGGCCGCGGGUGUGCUCCUGCUCAUGAUGCUGUUCAUCUUCCUGUCCGCCUUCUACUUCUGGUGGCUGAGCUACUGGCUGGAGCAGGGCUCCGGGACCAACAGCAGCCACGAGAGCAACAGAAGCACCUCGGACCCGGGCAACAUCCUGGACAACCCGCGCCUGUCCUUCUACGAGACGGUGCUGGGCCUCAGCACGCUGGCCCUGGCCUGCCUGGGGGUCUGCUCCUCGUUGGCCUUCACCCAGGCCACCAGGAAGGCCUCCACCGCGCUGCACAACGGCCUCUUCAGCAAGGUCUCCCUCUGCCCCAUGAGCUUCUUCGACACGACGCCCACGGGCCGGCUGCUCAACUGCUUCGCGGGGGACCUGGACCAGCUGGACCAGCAGCUGCCCAUCGUGACCGAGGAGUUCCUGCUGCUGCUGCUGCUGGUGCUCAUCAACAUGGCCAUCGUCAGCGUGCUGUCGCCCUACAUCCUGGCCAUCGGGGCCGUCCUGUUCGCCGGCUGCAUCCUCUUCUACGUGAAGGUGAAGCGGGCCAUGAAUGUGUUCAAGAGGCUGGAGAACUACAGCCGCUCCCCCGUCUUCUCCCACAUCCUCACCGCGCUGCGCGGCCUCAGCUCCAUCCACGUCUACGGGAAGGCCGAGGACUUCGUCCGCCAGUUUAACAGGCUGAACGACAAGCAGACCAACUACCAGCUGAUGUACCUGUCCUCCACGCGCUGGGUGUCCCUGCGGCUGGAGCUCAUAGUCAACCUGGUGACCUUGGCCGUGGCCUUGUUCAUAGCCCUCGGGGCGUCCUCGGCCCCCGCCUCCUACCAAGCCCUGACCAUCAGCCUCAUCCUGCAGCUGGCGUCCACCUUCCAGUCCAUGGUGCGCAUGGGCUCCGAGUCGGAGGCCUACUUCACGGCGGUGGAGCGGCUGCUGCAGUACCGGAAGCUGUGCGUCCCGGAGGCUCCGCGGCAGCCGCCGGGGACGGCCGCGGGCCGCCCGGCCGCGUGGCCGCAGCGCGGGGAGCUGUGCUUCCAGGACUACCAGAUGCGGUACCGCCACAACACGCCCGUCGUCCUCAGGGGCAUCAGCCUGACCAUCCGCGGCCAGGAGGUGGUGGGCAUCGUGGGCCGCACCGGCUCCGGCAAGUCCUCCUUGGGGACGGCGCUCUUCCGCCUGGCGGAGCCCACGGCAGGCCGCAUCCUCAUCGACGGCGUGGACAUCAGCGGCGUCAGCCUGGAGGACCUGCGGUCCAAGCUGUCCGUCAUCCCUCAGGACCCCGUCCUGUUCUCGGGCACCAUCCGGCUGAACCUGGACCCCUUUGGCCAGCACUCGGACGAGGAGAUCUGGGGCGCCCUGGAGAGGACCUUCCUGAGCCGCACGGUCCAGAAGUUCCCGCAGAGGCUGCAGGCGGAGGUGGAGGAGAACGGUGAGAACUUCUCGGUGGGGGAGAGGCAGCUGCUCUGCAUCGCCCGCGCCCUCCUACGCAACUCCAAGAUCGUCCUCAUUGACGAGGCCACGGCCUCCAUCGACACGGAGAUGGAGACGCUGAUCCAGCGCACCAUCCGCGAGGCCUUCCGGGGCUGCACCGUGCUCAUCAUCGCCCACCGCAUCCCCACUGUGCUGGCCUGUGACCGCAUCCUGGUCAUGGACAACGGGGAGGUGGUGGAGUUUGACAGCCCCGAGGCCCUGCAGCAGGAGCCGGGCUCCAUGUUCGCAGCCCUGCUCAGGACGGCCACGGCGCUGGGCUGAGGCCCCGGACCGCGCCGGCUCACGUCACCCGCGGACGGCCGUGGCCCGCGGGGGCAGAGAGCGGGGCGGACGUGGCAGAGGGGCGCGGGGGGGUGGGGGGGAGGAAG